GGCAAAGGGAGUCCAGGCUAAUGCCAUGCAAGGAGUCGGGGAGGGAGGGAGGGAGGUGGUGCCGGGAUGAAGAGUGAGUUUGAAGGCCCUGCUGUCUCCAUAGAAACCAGCCCUUGAGACGCUCUGUGUGACAAGGAUACAUGGGUAUUGAACUCUGAGUUGAGAAUUGGAUUUAUUGCCAAACUAUGGUUCGCUUAACAUUGGAGCUCAUUGCUAAAAGUCUCAGUCAAAAGAAUCGCAGAGAUGAGUCCUUGGCCCAGCACCUGAGGAAAAUAACUCAUCUUAAGCUAUCUAAUAAAAAUAUAGAUAUCAUUGAUGACCUAUCUUUGUGUAAAAACAUUAAUGUCCUUUAUUUGUAUGAUAACCAAAUAAGACAGAUACGUAACCUGGACUUUGCUACAAACCUAAGACACCUGUACUUGCAGAACAAUUGCAUUGCACAAAUUGAAAAUCUAACAUCAUUAAUAAAACUUGAAAAAUUGUAUCUGGGUGGCAAUUACAUCACUGUAGUGGAAGGCUUAGAGAAUUUACAAGAACUGAGAGAGUUGCAUGUUGAAAGCCAGCAGCUUCCCCUAGGAGAAAAGCUCUUGUUUGACCCAAGAAGUCUUCAUUCACUAGCAAAGUCUUUAGCAGUUUUGAAUAUCAGCAAUAACAAUAUUGAUGAAAUAAAUGAAUUAGCAGUGUUGGAAAACAUCUCUCAUCUCAUAGCUGUAGACAAUCAACUUCAUCAUGUGAAGGAAAUGGAGUUUAUAUUGAGUGCAUGGACCAAGCUGUGCAAAAUAGAACUGAAUGGAAAUCCUGUCUGCCACAAACCAAAAUAUCGGGACAGGCUCAUACUACAGUCAAAAAGUCUUGAAUCCCUUGAUGGCAAAGAAAUAAAAGAAAUGGAAAGACAAUUCCUAAUGAAUUGGAAAGCCUCCAGAGAUGCCAGGAAGAAGAACAGAGCAGAAAGCAUGACAAAUGAGCAUGCACCACGUUCACAUUCUGACAGUAAUGACACUGAUCAUCCCCAUUUCCCGGUUUACUACUACCCAUUGGCCAAAGAAAAACCACGUUUUGCUAUUUUGUCUGAGUCACACAGAUCUGCUCACAAUAGAGAGUCCCAGACAACAGCCCAGGAAGAACAUAAAGUUACUGAAAAAAUCAGCCAUUUAGCCUUGAACAAUCAGCAGUCACAGAAAGAACUGCAUGAACCUCAUCUCCUUAGCCGGAUGACUCUGUAAACAGAUACUAGAAGGACAUCUUACGUUAUCAGUAGGAAAAAAAUGGAAUCCAGUUGGAAAAAUUUUACAGUUUAACUCCAAAAACACUAAAUGCCAUUUCAAACAGUUUCACAAUUUUAUUUUUGUAUA